AUGCGCCCAACCAGCCGGGAUGACUUCACGAUCGCGAUUAUCUGCGCGCUGACUCUGGAGGCGGACGCUGUUGAAGAACUUUUCGAUGAAACCUACGACAGGCUGGGCCUGAUCUACGAGAAACAACCUGGAGAUGACAAUGCAUACAUAAAUGGAAGGAUUGGGAAGCAUAAUGUCGUUCUAUGCUACAUGCCAGGAAUGGGCAAAGGAAGCGCGGCCAGUGUGGCUCCAAGCCUCAAAAUUAGCUACACGAGAAUCCAGGUUGCGCUGAUAGUUGGUAUCUGCGGAGGAGCCCCAUACUCAGCCAGCGAGGAAGAAAUCUUUUUGGGCGAUGUCAUCAUGAGUGAUUCGGUGAUUGAAUAUGAUUUUGGCAGACAAUACCCGGGCGGCUUUCAGCGAAAAACCGAUGUCAGAGACACGCUUGGAAGACCAAAUCGAAAAAUUCGGGCACUCUUUGCAGGCCUGAAGGCGAGUCGGGCUCGUAGAGAGUUCCAAGACCAGAUGUUACGGUAUCUGCACACGAUGCAGCAAUCAGAGGCAAAAUGGUGCCGGCCGGCCGUUAUUGAUGACAUUCUCUUUGAAGCAUCCUAUCAACAUAAGCACUAUGGACCAGGCUCAUCUUCCAGAUGCCUUUGCUUCGAUGACACCUCACCAGAUGGGAUUUGCGAAGAAGCAUUGGAGGCAAUAUGCAAUAGUGUAGGCUGCAAUGAGAAGCAAAUCCGUCGCCGCCGACAUAACACAGAUAUAAUGAAAGCGGCAAUUCAUAUUGGGACAAUCGCAUCCGCUGACACGGUGAUGAAAUCUGGAGAGCGUCGUGAUCACCUUGUAAAGACGGAGCGUGUGAUUGGUUUUGAAAUGGAAGGAGCAGGAGUGUGGGAUAAUGUGCCUUGUAUUAUCAUCAAGGGCGUUUGUGACUACGCGGACAGUCACAAAAACAAGGCAUGGCAGGCAUAUGCUGCAGCAACUGGGGCAUCUGCUGCCAAAGCAUUCUUGGAAUAUUGGAGGCCAGUCGCUAGAAAAGAGAGGCAAUGUCAUUGGAUGAUUCCCUUCCAGAAGAACUUGCGAUUCGUGGGUCGAGAAAAAGAAAUCGCCAAACUUGACGGGCUGAUUUCACCACAUAACGGACCAUCCAAAAUCGCUAUAUGUGGACUUGGUGGAAUUGGAAAGACCCAAAUUGCGCUUGAAUUAGCUUACCGCAUACGAGAGAGGGACUCCAGCUGGUCUAUAUUCUGGAUUCCAUGCACCAGCCAGGAGAGUGUUGAACAAGCCUACAUGAGCAUCGCACAGACUGCGGGAAUACAGAAAGUGAAGCCAGUAGAGGCGAAGGAGCGCGUCAUGGCUUAUCUCAGCCAAGAAAGUUCCGGAAAGUGGCUUCUGAUUUUCGACAAUGCUGAUGAUCAGGACAUGUGGAUGAAGGACAGUGAAACUGCCUCAGCACUCAAGAAAUUUCUCCCUCAGAGUCCGCAAGGUCGUAUUCUCUUCACUACGCGCAACCGGACGCUGGCUGUGAGACUGGCUUCUCCUCAUGUGAUAACAAUCUCCGAACUAGAUGAAGAGACCGGGUUAAAGAUGCUGGAAAAAUCACUGAUUCAUAGUGAUCAGUCUGUUGACCACAGUGCUGCUGUGAUCCUUCUUAACCAGCUCGCCCUACUCCCCCUAGCAAUCACUCAGGCGGCGGCAUAUAUUAAUGAAAAUGGGAUCAGCGUCUCUACUUAUGUAGCACUUCUGGAGAAACAGGAGUCACAUGUUAUAGAGCUGCUAAGUGAAGACUUUGAGGAUGAUGGACGAUAUGAAGCCAUCCACAAUCCUAUAGCCACAACAUGGUGGAUAUCAUUCCAACAGAUUCGACGCUUGAAUAUAUUAGCUGCUGAUUAUCUAUCAUUCAUGGCCUGCAUCAACCCUCGCGACAUUCCCCAGUCUCUUCUGCCCCAGCCUGCAUCUGACAAUGAGCGAAUAAAAGCAAUCGGCCUUCUUGAUGCCUAUUCAUUCAUCAGCAAACAGGCUGAUGGUAACCUUUUGAGCCUUCAUCGACUAGUACAUCUCGCGACUCGAAACUGGUUAAGAAAGAAUGGACAUUUUAGCUCACAAGUAGUCAAAACUGCGGGUCAUUUAGAUAAAAAAUUUCCAGAAAAUGAUCAUACCAAUCGAAAGCAGUGGCGAGAAUAUCUUCCACAUAGCCUUGCUUUGAUAGGUGAAGAUGAAUUUCAGGAUAAGAGUGAAAGAUUUAUUGAUCUGGUCUGGAAGGUGGGGAGUUGUCUCUAUAAGGAUGGAAGGUACAAUGAAGCCGAGAAGCUGGAGGUGCAAGUCAUGGAGACAAGGAAGACAGUGCUGGGAGAUAAGCAUCCCGAUACUCUGAUCAGCAUAGCGAACCUAGCAGCAAUUUAUUGGAAUCAGGGUCGGUGGAGCGAAGCUGAGAAGCUGGAGGUACAAGUCAUGAAGAUAAGAGAGACAGUACUAGGAGAUAAGCAUCCUAUAACACUGAUCAGCAUGGCGAACCUAGCAGCAACUUACCGGAAUCAGGGUCGAUGGAAUGACGCUGAGAAGCUAGAGGUACAAGUUAUGGAGACAAGAAAGAUAGUGCUAGGAGAUAAGCAUCCUGAUACGCUGACCAGCAUAUCAAAUCUAGCAGUAACUUACCGGAAUCAGGGUCGGUGGAGCGAAGCUGAGAAGCUGGAGGUACAAGUCAUGGAGAUAAGAAAGAUAUUGCUAGGAGAUAAGCAUCCUGAUACGCUGACCAGCAUAUCAAAUCUGGCAUCAAUUUACCGGAAUCAGGGUCGGUGGAGCGACGCUGAGAAGCUGGAGGUACAAGUCAUGGAGAUAAGAAAGAUAUUGCUGGGAGAUGAGCAUCCUAACACUCUGAUCAGCAUGGCGAACCUGGCAUCAACUUAUCGGAGUCAGGGUCGGUGGAAUGACGCCGAGAAGCUGGACGUGCAAGUCAUUGUGACAUCUAAGGCAGUGCUGGGAGACGAGCAUCCUAAUACUCUGAUCAGCAUAUCAAACCUGGCAUCAACUUACCGGAAUCAGGGUCGAUGGAAUGACGCGGAGAAGCUAGAUGUGCAAGUCAUGGAGACAAGGAAGACAGUACUAGGAGAUGAGCAUCCUAAGACUCUGAUCAGCAUGGCGAACCUGGCAUCAACUUAUCGGAAUCAGGGUCGGUGGAAUGACGCCGAGAAGCUGGACGUGCAAGUCAUGGUGACAUCCAAGGCAGUGCUGGGAGACGAGCAUCCUGACACUCUGGCCAGCAUGAAUAACCUUGCCUAUACGUGGCAAUCUCAGGGAAAACUACAUGAUGCCCUUUCUCUAAUGAAAGAAUGCUCUGACCUGCAAAAAAAAGUAUUAGGUCCUAAUCACCCGCAUUCCCUAUCUUCCUCUCGUGCUCUUAAAAAUUGGAUGGAUGAGUAUAAUACAUUAACGGAUCAAAUACCGCUCACUGGAGACAAAACCCCACAGCCUCGGCAGAAAGUUUCUGCAGGAUCUUCAGCAGUGGUAACUACCUUGUUAGCCUGUGAAGGUCAUAUCAAUCUAUCUUAUCCUCAAAGACGAUCAGCCGCUACAUUAUUCAUUAAUAAUCAUCCUCUCAUCAAUGCUGCCAGAACACCCUCGCCCGCGCCAGAAGGCCAAAACUUACAAGACGUGGAUUGA